AUGACCUUGUCAGUGUGUCUCCUUCGAGGUCACGGACACCAUCAGCCCAGCAAGCUCGUCCGUCUAUGCAAUGAAGUGGCUCUGUGUGGUUAUGGCUAUAAACGGGAUGGCAACCUCUUGAGACAUGCUACCCGGCGCUGGAAUCAGACGACAACGGCACAGCGAGCUCACCAUGAAGCUCAAGUCGAGAACAUCCGCAACAUUGGCAUCAUUGCCCACGUUGAUGCUGUAUGUGGCCUGGUCUUGGGCAAAACUACUACGACAGAGAGGAUGCUUUAUUACAGUGGUUCAACCAGGCACCUAGGAAACGUCGAUCAUGGUGAUACAGUCACUGACUUCCUCCCCAUGGAAAGGGAGAGAGGCAUCACUAUCCAGUCAGCCGCAGCAUCCUUCAACUGGCCUCGAGCUGAGGACUGCAGUCCAGGCGAGGAAGCCAAGACCAUCAACCUGAUCGACACCCCAGGCCAUCAGGAUUUCCAGUACGAAGUGCUACGGUGUAUGCCCGUGCUCGAUGGUGCGGUUUGUGUCAUGGACUCGGUGAAGGGUGUGGAGGCACACACAGAGCGAGUAUGGGCUGCCGCCCAGCAGUUCAAGAUCCCGCGGAUCAUCUUUGUGAACAAGCUUGACCGCGAGGGUGCGUCAUUCAGAAAGUCUGUGCUCGACAUUGCCACGAGGUUGAAGGCAUGGCCUCUGGUCUGCCAGAUCCCUUGGUGGGCUGGCGAUCAUUUUGUUGGGGUUAUCGAUGUCAUCAAGCGGGUAGGUCACAAGUGGUCGUCUAGCGGCACCAGAAAAACCUACAAUAAGGACGGUCUAAGGAGUGCUCUCGAGUCGGAGAACCCUUCGCUUAUGGAGGAAGUUGAGCUUGCACGGGAACAACUCAUCGAGAGACUAUGCGAGGUCGACGACGAGAUCGCCACCAAGUUCGCGGAUCAAGGAGCGAACCUGUCCGACGAGACCAUCAAGCUGAGCAUCCGCCGAGCCAUCAGCGAUGGCAAUGGCGUUGUUGCUCCAGUAUUCGCUGGGGCUAGCUUGAGGAACAUUGGUGUGGAGCCUCUUUUGGAUGGCGUUGUGGAGUAUUUACCCAGCCCUCAGGAGCGUCCGCCUGUGGAGGUCAAGACUUCACAGGGAACCCAAAAAAUGGAGGAGCUCAUCGCCAAGGAAGCAGUAAAGCUGAAGCAGAAGGGGGCAAACAUCGCGGUUGCAUCUGUUUUCAAGGUCAUCAGUGACCAUCACAGGGGUAUGCUGAGCUUCGUCCGCGUAUACCACGGCACCUUGCAACGGAACGCACAUAUGUGGAACUCGACACAGCGCCUCGAAGAGAAGCCGCUCGUCAUGAUGCAGAUUCUGGCCAACAAGCACAUCGACAUUCCUCACCUCAAGGUUGGUGGCAUCGGCGCUCUGGCAGGUCUGAAACAUGCACGUACCGGAGACACCCUCGUCAUAUCUCCCGAAAAAGCAACAGACACUCUCAUGAAGAGCAUACAAAUUCGCCCCGCCGUGAUUCCGCCUGCUGUCACGUUCAUCUCGAUUGAGCCUUUCUCCCAGACCCAUGAGGAGAAGCUGGAAAAGGUGCUUACCGAUGCGUCAAGAGAAGAUCCCAGCCUCCGGUGGUCAAAGGAUGAGAAGGCUGGCCACUACAUCCUGUCGGGGAUGGGCCUGCUGCAUCUCGAGGUUGCCAUUGACAACUUAAAGAAGCACAAAAUUGAUGCAUUGUUCGGCACCAUCCAGGUGGACUACAAAGAGUGCAUCUCAUCACAGACGCCGCCCGAGAACUAUGCGCUCGAUCGCCCGGUGGCUGGCAAGCAAGGAAAGACAUCGUGCACGGCUACAAUUGAGCCCAUAGACGCGGAGCAUCAACCGAGCAGCAAAGACUUUCAUCUGUCGAGUCUCGAGAAGGAUGGCAACGCAAUCCAUGUCAACAUAAUCCAUCCAGUCCAUGACCCGAAACAAUUCGACAUUGACACCAUCUGUCAUAAUCUCCAGAACGGGGCUAUUUCAGCCUUGUAUAGAGGACCAAGAAAGGGGUAUCCACUCCAUGGCUGCAACAUCGAGAUUAUCUUGGACUGCCAGAAGGACUACUUUGGUCUCGCAUCACCUGCGCACUAUCAACAAGCAGGAUAUCACGUUGUCCGUAAUUCGCUGAAGAAUGCCCACGACAGGCAGAUGAUUGGCCUUCUUGAGCCACUAAUGAAGGUUGACAUCGUGUGUCCCGAGUCGGUGGCUGCGCAGGUUAGGCACGAUCUCGCCUCGAGGCAUGGUGGGCAUGUCCUUGAAACAGAAGACCUGAACGAACGGGCAUCUGGUGAAGGCGAGAUCAACCUUGAGGAGGUGUAUGCACCACCGGACCCGUACGAGAGCAUCUCUACAUUGCGCGAGGAUAAGAAGGGCGCGACGCGGAUGCUCAAGCUUAAGGCCAAGGUGCCGCUGAAGGACAUGCUGGAUUAUGACCAACACUUGAGAAGCUUGACGGAAGGAAGACACUCCAUCCAAAUGGAACUGGACACAUUUGAGAGGGUCACAGGAAAUCGAGAAAAGCUACUCUGACCUGUUCUCAAGAUGUGAGGCGAACAGAAAGGAAGAAGAAAAAGAAAGAAAAAAUGAGGGGGGGGGGGGGGCAAGUUACAGCCAUAUUAAAAGUCUUGAAUCAGAUAGAUAUCUUAUUUUACUCUUUCGCU